AUGACUGCCAAAGGGAACAAUACCUCAGUGACCCAUUUCAUCCUGCUGGGCCUCACAGCCCAAGCACACCUACAACCACUACUCUUUGGGAUCUUCCUAUUGAUCUACCUUGUUACGCUAACUGGAAACCUGGGCUUGAUAGCCCUGAUCAGUACAGACCCUAACCUUAACACUCCCAUGUAUUUCUUUCUCUGUGCCCUCUCUUUCAUUGAUGCCUGUUACUCCUCAGUUGUCACUCCCAGGCUUCUGGCUGAUCUCAUGGCCACAGACAAGUCGAUCUCAUAUACAAGUUGUGUGGCACAGAUGGCCUUCCUAGUCCUCCAUGGCACGUUAGAGUGCCUAAUGCUGGCUGCUAUGGCCUAUGAUAGGUAUGUGGCCAUCUGCCAUCCCCUCUUCUACCAUCGGCUUAUGUCCAAGAGUGUGUGUGUGAAACUGGUAGCAGUUGCCUAUGCCUUGGGCAUUGCCAACGCAGCAGUGCAGACCCAAAAUGUGUUUCGACUAUCCUACUGUGGCCUCAACCGUGUCAAUCACUACUUCUGUGACAUCCCUCCGGUGCUACAGCUUGCUUGUGGAGACACCAGCCAAGCCAGAAUAAUCCUCUAUAUCUUCUCUGCCUUGGCCACAGUCACUACAUUUUCUGGCAUUGUGAUCUCCUACAUGUACAUCCUGGUCACUGUUGGAAGAAUGAGCUCAACUACAGGCCGACAGAAAGCUCUCUCUACCUGUGCCUCCCACUUCACAGCUAUCACACUGUUCUACGGAACAGUCUUCUUCAUGUACAUCAAGCCCAGCACAGGGGAUUCAAUGGACCAAGACAAAGUGGUUUCAGUGUUCUACUCCAUAAUCAUCCCCAUGCUAAACCCAUUGAUCUACAGCCUGAGGAACAAGGAAGUGAAGGAGGCCUUGAAGAGGAAGACCCAUGGGAAGAUAUUCACACAAUAA